AUGCGUUCGACCCUGCGACGUCAAGACUGCCUCGUAGGAAGCGAGCUGGCCGAUUACCUCGACCUGGAGCCGGAGGGCAACAUGGAGGCCAGGGGCCACGAACACGACCGCGAGCGCGACCACUCCGGCGAGACCGAGCAGAGGUGGAUGCCAGUGUUGGGAAGGGGCGACGAUGCGAUCAUGCGGGAGAAGGAAGGGGCGGUUGAGGUCAUGAAGGAGGAGGGUCCGUUGCUGAGCCUGUUUGAGUCCGUUAUCACCAGCUACCCGCCCGUCCUAGAGUCGCUUCUCGCCCAGAUAUCAACGGCUUCGCUCCUCGAUCUCUAUCACACGUCCAAAUACCUCCGCGAAUUUCUCAAAAUGUACCCUCUCGCAUGGAAGACGCUAUCAUUCCGGCUGCCGCAGCCCGCUGUGGCUAUGGGAUCGCCUGGGAACGAGACACCAGACGGUAGGGAGCGCCAGUCGAAGCCAUACGCCUUCGAUGCGCUGUUGAAGCAAAUCAUAGGCCCACAUGGGUCGCGGUUGACCAGCCUUGAUCUCUGUAACACCGCGGUCUCGGGGACGGCGCUGAGUAUGCAAGUCCUGGGACCGCGAAGUAAUACUCUCAGACGACCAUAUCUUCCUCAAUCCCUUACGCGACGAGACUCCGACUCCGACCCGACGCAUCAGUUAAUCGAGAUAUGCCAUAAGCUAGGGAUAUGGACAGACACUGCAUGGUGUCCAACCCCAGGAGGGCGCUGCUAUCGAAGGAAAGAUUACCAUGCAGGAAGAGCAGGCCCGCAGAAUGGGGAAGUAUGGGUGCCAUAUGACCGACUCUGGCGGUCAAGUAACCGUAUUGGGCCUGCGGGUGGAGUUGGAGAAAAACUUGGAGAAUCAGACGGGAGGCUGUGGGAGAUCUCUGAGACUGGCGAAGAUGGCGAACCGUUGGGAACUGAGAGUGCUGUAUCCAAAGGCGAAGGCAAGCACGUGCCGGCACACCUGCGAAAGAGCCACAAAACUUUUGUCGAGAACGUCUACUGCGCGCAAUGCAACGAACAGAUUCUGGAGCGAUGCGAAUCAUGUAGCGUUCGGAUGCACUGCAUGGGAUGCCGUAAGACGCUUUGCGCCAGCUGCGCAUUCAACAAGCCCAUACCCAGGAAGCGGGCGAAAACGCGGCAGUUCACAAAUCUGGCUUUCGGUCCUGGCUCCACAGUAGGAACCACUAUCAACCAGGCGUCAACUGGGUCUAACAUUUCACUCCAAUUUCACAACAGCUCUGCGCAACUCCUGCAGGACAAUCGAUUCUGGUGGGCUCCUGGGGCUACCCGCUCUCCGAAUUUAAUGAUUGAGUCUUCUCAGGAUGAUGACGAUUCAGAUUCCGAGGAUGGCGGUAACCUCAACCACGGUCUGCCUGUGCCGCCUCCAAACCGUGAUCCACCAAAACUCAACAUGCAUUGGUGUUGCUUGGAGCCUAUCUUCUCGGGCGGCGGCGGCAUUGCCGUACUUGGGACUGGGCUGGGUGGGAGAGGAGCCGACAAGAUACGGGCAGCACCGCUUCCACGCACCAAACAGUUCGAGGACCCAGAUUUUUCGAGCCAGCUUCGACCCGUCGAUUACAUCCGAGAGCUGAAAAACAAUGGACUCUAUGAAUAUGUCCUUGGCGAGGAUGUUGAUGUUUUGAGCUACUUGAAGCAACCCAGCCUGGAAUUGCAGGCCCAGACUUGUCCGCGAGGUCUUUGUCAAGACUGUUACAGAAGCUUUCGAUGGAAAGUCACAUGCCGGACAUGCAAAACCCCAAUUUGCAAAGAACAUGACUUCAGGGGCUUAAAGUUCCGAAAAUGCGGCUAUCGAGACAUGCUCACCGAGCGCGAACACGUUAGAGCGCAUACCGAUCCGCCUCGAUUGACAAUACCCGAGUUCAACCCCAAUAGGAACGCUCAACGGCCACCUCCCGGUCCUCUACUAUUUAGUCAAUCCUCAUCAUCUUUGAGUACCGAACUUGACAUCGGCGACCAAGCACCUAUGUCACAGUCUCAGAUUCUAGUCCCACCCAUUCCGCCGUCUUCUGUCGAUAUGUCUGCCCAGAAUUCAGUCGCAUCGCAUACGUCCAAUUUCGACCCGUUCACGAACGCUACACCUCUGCCUUUCGUCCCAGUCAGCUCCUCAAGACCACGAUCUCUCAGCGCGUCAGAAGUCAAGGCAAAAUGUCGAUUUGACGUGGAGACUCAAGCAAGACUUGCAGAGGAAAGACGUGCGCGCGAGAGAAUGGAGAAGGAAAAGAGGGGACGAAACCAAGCUGAUGAAUUAGCUGGAGCUGUCUUCGAAUUCUUCAAGUCUCUCUACACCGACGACAAUGUUGACGAUGAUGGGCCCAGUAUCACCCAUCAAGAGAAUGUUGACCUUGUUAACCAGAACACCGUCAUCGCCGCAUCUGGCAACCAGCUACCCAGCCCAGACUCAAUCACAGUCACCACCGUGUUCGGCGUCCACGAGGAGCCAAGCAACUUCACUGUCAUCUCUGGGCCAUCUGCACUGCCGUACCAUCAAGUACAUGCAGUCGAAGAGGCUGGAACCUCUGGCCUUGAUCCUCUGGAUGAAAUUAUGCAAGGAGCCGACAUCUCACUUUUGAGCGAGGCCGACUUGGAUUUAUUCCUAUCUGGCGGAAUUACCGCCCCUGUCAACGCCCCUGACAUCGACUCACUGUUGGGCAUUGACACGGAUAGUAACAUGAAUGACGAUGGCGACGAUGGGGAUAUCGAUACGGACGACUUUGAUGCCGAGAGUGCGGUAAUUGACGAAUUUGUUGAUGACGGCGGAAUUACGCCAACCAUGACCACCCACGCGUCGAACUUGCAAGGUUCGUAA